AAUUUGUUGUUGUCUAAACUAGGCCGAUGGCGUGACGACCCCGGGUCCCUGCUGCUUGACGCGAUUCGAGACGGUCGCCGACAUCGCCGAGGAGGAUGGCUGAUAAUGGGUGGAUGUACAGUGGCCGUGCUAGUUCGACUGAAAUGACAGAAGAGUGGGUAUGGAAGACCAAUUUAUUAGUGAAGGAGUUAGCGCGUGGUUCAAAGUCAGGCGUUCGUCCAAGUUGCCCUUGCGCUCGUUGCAAGAGGCGUCAUCGUCACGGAAAGGAUGAUAUGACUAAACAUCUUUGGUUGAAUGGGUAUAUGCCUGAUUACGUCACGUGUGUCGACUUUGCUCAGUACGAACGUGACAGAGGUGAGGUGAUGAGGCAGCGAAUCGAUGGCAAUGAGGACGAUGGGAUUAGAUACUUGCUAGAUGAUCUCCACGAUGCCUACAUGCCAGAAUCGCCAGAACAGGAGGAACCGCCAGAACCGGAGGGACCGCCAGAACCGGAGGAACCGCCAGAACCGGAGGAACCCGAGCCUACCGCAAAGGCCUUCUAUGAUAUGAUGGCUGCGGCUAAGAGGCCUCUAUACGAGGGUGCAAAAAUUUCUCAGCUCGAUGCCAUCGCGCAAGUACUAGCCGACAAGGCCCAGUUCGACAGCACCCGUGCAUGCUUUGAAAAAAAUCUGGUAACAGUUGGUAACAUGUUGCCCGAAGGCCAUUGUCUGCCUAAAACCAUGUAUGCAGCAAAGAAAAUGUUGAAAGCGCUCAGCAUGGAUUAUGUGAAGUAUGAUUGUUGUCCCAAAAACUGUCUUUUGUUUUGGAAAGAGUUUGCGGAUGACAAAUAUUGUAGCAAGUGUGGGUCCUCUAGGUAUCAUGAGAUAACCAGAGCUAAUGGUGAGAAGGUGCAGACAAAAGUCGCCGUGAAGAUUCUUCGUUAUCUCCCGUUCAUAAAAAGAAUCCAACGGCUUUACAUGUCCGAGGAGUCAGCCAAACAGAUGACGUGGCAUAAGAACGGGUUGAGAUUCAAGGACGAGGAGGGACGACUAAACAUGGGGCACCCAUCUGAUGGUAAAGCAUGGCAGAACUUCGAUGCAAAACACCCUGAUAAGGCAAAUGAUGCUCGGAAUGUCAGAAUUGCGAUAGCAACCGAUGGAUUCAAUCCAUAUGGUAUGUCAGCAUCCGCGUACAGCUGUUGGCCCGUGUUUGUUAUUCCGCUCAAUCUCCCUCCCGGAGUCCUUAUGCAAAGGAAGACCAUAUUCCUGUCGAUGAUCAUUCCAGGGCCUGAUUACCCGGGGAAGAAUUUGAGUCUGGUAGGUUUCCAUGCCCAGUGUGCAGGCACCGACUGGAGUUCAUUUGGCUGA